AUGUAUUAUCCAACUUUAGUCAUCGUAUUUUACCUAUGUUUAGCGGACGGUUUUCUACUAGACGGCUCGGCCAACUCAUUUUCUCAGUUCAGAAAAUGGGGUGGCGGCACCAACGGCAGCUUAGAGUUCGAAUUUAAGACAGAUCAACCAAAUGGCUUGCUGCUUUACACUGACGAUGGAGGUACUUAUGACUUCUUCGAGAUCAAGCUAGUAGAGGGAGCAUUGCGCUUGAGGUACAACUUGGGAGGUGGUGCUCAGAUCAUAACUGUAGGUAGAGACCUAAACGACGGUCAUUGGCACAAAGUCCAUGUUCAGAGACAUGAGGAUAGGACAAUACUUACUGUAGAUGGGGUAUCUCAAAUGAGGACCUCGCGAGGAAAAGAGUUCAACUUCGGGCGGUUUACUACUAAUUCGGACGUGUUCGUGGGAGGUAUGCCGACGUGGUACAAUACGAAGUUAACGUUGCUCGCGCUACCAAGUGUGAUUUUCGAACCUCGGUUUGUGGGAGCGGUUAGAAAUCUCAUUUAUCCAGACACUGAGGGCGGCACUCCAAGACGGCAGGAAACCAGGCCUAAGGAUCACAGGAUGGUUUUCGUGCAUGGCCGCCUUUAUUUUAAUCUGUCGUCCGUCGCAUCUCAUGGCGACAGCAAGUCCCACUUAUUUGACCGGACCGGUGCUACUCCGAGCUGUGAACUGUUAAAGAUAUCCCCAAUAACAUCCGCUCAACCCUCCGCCUACACUUUUCAGGCGACGACUGAAACUGAAAGCAAUAUUUGA